CGAGAAGUAUAGGAAGAGGAAGUCUUGUGUUCAGUCGGUGAAAUCACGUUUACAGUGAGGACGUACUUUUGUUCUUUAUAAGUAUAAGUAAUAAUGGGUGCAAGAGUUUCAAGAAGUGACUUUGAAUGGUCUUACACUGAGGAACCCCAUGCUUCUCGGAGGAAAGAGAUGUUAGGUAAAUCAUGUGACGAUAUUUGAAAUAGUUUGCUUGUCUUAGUACUAAAUUACAUAACAAUAAUAACCAUGAUUAUGUUAAAAUUAAGGCUUCGGCUAUUCAGACCCGGUAACAGAAGUGAGGGGUUGGGUUUAUUAAAAAAAAUAUUUAAAAUAUUAUUAUUGGUGGGUUUGUAAGAUAAAAUUUGGUAUCGAAUGAAAGAUAAUUGAAUGGACUAUAUGUUUGUAAACCUAUUUCAAGUAAUUCUUCAGUUUAACUAAAAUAAACGACCACAAAUGACAUCCGAAAAGCAUUUUCAUUUAGACUAAUGACUCUACAAAUUAUGGGACACAGGUGAUAAACUACCUGACUUACAGUACAAUCAGUAAAAUUGGUUUUAUUUAAAUAAAAAGAUAGAAUACUGAACUGAUUGUACUGUAAGCCAGACAGAUUAUUACAAUUAAUUGGUUGGCCAAUGUCGUGGAAUAGGAAUUUAUAUGUAAAUAUAUAGUUGAAGCAUAUGUACAAGAUAUGUGCCUACACAAAACUACAUUAUUUUUAGCCCUGCCUAUAGGCCUAAGUCUAGUGUUUUUAAAUUAAUAAAUCUAAUGAAAAAUAUAUUAAAAUAAUAACAAAACAAAAACUCACUAAAAUAACUGUUGUUGAAAAUGAUUCAACAACCGGUUUGUAGAACUCGACAAAACUUUAGGUUUCAGUUCUGCAUGAUAUCCUUAUUUACUACUAGUGAUUUCAUAUUUCCAAAAGCCAAUUUAUUGGUGUAGCCCUACUAACAACCCUCACCACAGUGGUGAGUUGAUCCCUCAAUAGACAUGCAUUUUGACUAUUCCCUAACUCAAGCAGUAUUUCAUGCACAAUUGUAAGGAUGCUGGAUAUGCUAAUUUAUCAUUGUAUACAUAUUCAGCUUUGGUGCAUUUAAAACAAAUCAGAUAUUCCAAUAGCUCCUUAAGAUAAACUAUAUAAAAAUAAUUGUGUUUAGCCAAAGUAUUUUCUAAUUCUUUUUUUUUUAAAUUGUUCACAGCCAAGUAUCCAGAAAUGAAGAAGCUGAUGGGAACAGAUCCAAAGUUCAAGUACAUUGUCACAAUCAUGGUCUUUUUUCAGUUUGUCAUGUGCUAUGCAAUGAAAGACCAAUCAUGGACCACAAUUCUCCUAUUUGCGUAUAUUGUUGGAGGUACCAUCAACCAUUCACUUACCCUGGCUAUCCAUGAAAUAGCCCAUAAUUUAGCCUUUGGGCAUAGCAAACCUAUGCUUAACAAACUUUUUGGUUUUUUUUCUAAUCUUCCGAUAGGAGUACCUAUGUCCAUAUCAUUUAAAAAAUACCAUUUAGAUCAUCAUCGGUAUCAAGGAGAUGAGAGACUGGAUGUGGACAUUCCUUCUAAUUUUGAAACAAAGUUCUUCACCCAUACAUUUCAUAAGUUUGUCUGGGUUCUACUUCAGCCUUGGUUCUACUCAAUUCGCCCAUUUUUUAUUAGUCCUAAACCUUUGAGUCUUUUAGAGAUCUCGAACAUUAUCAUUCAGUUUGCAUUUGAUUUCCUCUUGUUCUCUUUGAUUGGAUUCAAGCCCUUGGCCUAUCUGAUAGUGGGAAGUUUCAUGGCCACUGGAUUACAUCCAAUGGCAGGACAUUUUAUUUCAGAGCAUUAUAUGUUUGUCAAAGGAUAUGAGACUUACUCAUAUUAUGGCCCUCUCAACUGGCUGACAUGGAAUGUUGGAUUACAUAAUGAGCAUCAUGAUUUCCCUAGCAUACCAGGAUCACGCCUGCCAGAGGUAAAAUUUUAAAUACUCAUUGUGCAUAAGUUUUUUUUUCAUUUUAGGGAAGAUACUAUUGCUAUCUUUUGAAAAAUAUUAUUCAUGUUUUCUUCAGCAGUUAUUUUUAGCAUUUUUAUCUAAAACUAAAUAGUGGCAAAGAUGAAUUUAUAUAAAUAUUUUAUGUGUAUAGUUUGGCAUUAUGUGUUUGCUCUUUUGUAGAUAAUAGUACGUUUUUUUUGACAUGUUAAUUUCUCAGGUGCGCAAAAUUGCUCCUGAAUACUAUGACAAUCUUCCAUGUCAUCACUCAUGGGUAAAGGUAAUUUGGGACUUUAUUGUUGAUCCAGAGAUUGGGCCUUAUUCGAGAGUAAAACGACGGACAGAACGACCUGUUGUGAAAUCUCAAGAGAAAGUAGAGUGCACAAAUGGUCACCAUAUGACAAAUGGAAAUGGAGUUAAGUCACAUGCCAAUGGCUCUAUAACUGUGAAUGGAACUGCAAAUGGAACAAGCCACCAUGAAAAAUAAUUACUAAAAUUGCAGAUAUUAUUAUAAUUGAAAUCUGAUUUAAAUUGUCAUUCACAUAAUACCAUAUGACCGAAAUUUUUACCUUUCUAAAUCCUGGAGAGCAUCUUGUCUUAAAUCUUAAAUAAAAGUUUAAAUGAGGAUAUUUCACUCUUAAUGUAUUUAUAUCCCUAUCCAUUUGUAUAUGAAUAAAUAAAUAGCUUUCGAUUCAUUAAGCUAUCACAUUUGCUUUUCAAUUUUGUCUCUACUUUAGCUUUUUGACCCAAAUUUUGCCUCUUGCUAGAGCUUUUACAUUGUAUCAUCUGGGCUCAGUUUUGAAUCUUCAGACAUUAAAUACAUGUAACAUUCUUGACUUGUUUCUUUGACAACUAUUAUGUUAGAUGCUUGGUGGCUUGAAAGUGUUCUGUUUUUAAUGUUUUCCAAUGUACAUGUUGCUAAUUUAGCUCUUCCAUUUUUUAAAAUAAUUAUGGUUCUGCUGUUUCCUUUUUAAAAAAAAUAAUAUUGGCCCGAACUUAGAUGUUACAUCUACUCUAUAAAUAUUUGUGUGAAUUUCCUUAUCCAAAUGCUCCUGAUUGUAGCUUUACCAGGGGAUUUUAACAUUUAUUUCUGAUGGUAUUUUUCAUGUGUUUCUAGUGAAUGUAUUAUCUUCUCAUCCCUUCUAAUGAAAUUGUGAAGCCUUUGUUUUCUCCCAGAAUAUGAAGCUAUUUUUAUGCCAUAUUUUUGGUUUUAGUUCAGUUUAAAAGCAUUUACUUGCGCCCUUUAAAAAAAAUGUGGUUUAAUGUGAUUCAUUUUUUUAAAUAUUAGGGAUUUUAAUGUUGUCAUUUUUUCCAUCUUCUUCAGC